CCCCGAUCGGUAAAAAUAUAAAUUCAAGCUUGCUUCUGCUCCACUUCCAUAAUUUAUAAGUAGACAGCGCUCGGGCCGAUCAGUAUGUCGCUCGCGUUGUCAUCGACGACAGUCCUUGGGAAACGCAAGGCUACUAGAUAUGUUCUACACAUUUCUGCGAGUCCACAACCCGAACCAUCGACUUCAACUGCGAAUCUCGCCGUCUACGAUACCCCAGAGCCUUCCUCAAAGAAAGCCCGUCAUCCUUGCACGUAUUCUGGAUGCACAAAGUCCUACUCAAAAGCUUGCAGGUUAGCAGAGCACAUAAGGUCCCAUACAGGAGAGCGUCCCUACGUCUGCACGACUUGUCAAAAGUCUUAUCUGCGUGAAUCCCAUCUUCAAGCACAUGCAAAAAGCCAUCUUCCCGAGUCAGAACGCCCUUAUGUGUGUACGGAAUCAGCAACCUGUCAGAAACGGUUCUGGACCCUCCAGCACCUCCAUGUCCAUGAGAAUAUGCACAGCGGGGAUAAACCGUAUGCUUGUACGAUAGAGGGCUGCGAAGAGGCGUUUUCCAAGCACCAUCAGCUACGAUCUCACACCUGCCAAGCGCACGCACCCCCAGGUACAAAACCUUACAUGUGCACACACUCAGGGUGCACCAAAUCGUUCGAUACGAACCAAAAGCUAAAAGGUCACGUCAAGACACAUGACGAUAAACGUUAUACGUGUGCACACCCACACUGCUUACCUUCAUCUAACACUGACCCUACAUAUUACCCGACAUGGACGUCCCUCCAGGCUCAUAUACGCGAGGCCCACCCUCCGACAUGUAUGCAUCCCUCAUGCAAUGGACGAACCUUCGCUUCCCAACACAAUCUGCGCGCUCAUCAGAAACUACAUGAACAAGAAGAGUUAGAAGCCACUCUAGCAGACGUAGGACCAUCAGACUUGCCUCGCAAACGUAGACGUGGUGGAGAAGUGGGCAGAGACUGGAAAUGCGACAAAUGCGGGAAAGAAUUCAAAUCUAUGAAAGCCCUCACGACGCACAACAAUGUGAUUCAUCUGGGCCACAGAAAUCAUGUUUGCCCACAUCAACAUUGCUCCAGUGCCUUUGGCUAUAAAAAACUCCUCGAAAGGCAUCUGGCCAAGAUCCAUAGCACACGGAGCGAUCAAUCUGUUACAGAUCCGUCCGAGUCAGACAGUGCCACAUCCACAGACACUGAUACUGAUUGUCCCGAUAACGAACCGGCAGACUCGGCAGCGCACUUGAGCAUCGAUCGCAUCACCGGACAUGCUUACUCCCUCCGCACUCGCAUGCCAACAUCAAAAACUAUACGGUGUCCAUACCCCAACGUCGAGGAUCUACUGCUAUUGCCUCCAGAAACUCCGCUUUCUGAUUCCUCAGCGCACUGUGAUCACAUCUUAACUCGUGCGUAUGAUCUUCGUCGGCAUUUGAAGGCCGAGCACGGACUCGUUGGGGACAAGAGCAAGGUAGACUCUUGGGUAAGAUCGCAUAGAGGUGGCGCUCAGGGAUCUUGAUAUCUGUCUGUUAUGAGAAACGACCUGUCUACAGUGUUUUCAGCUUUUCGAUGUUCCCAUUUCGUACCCUUCUUAAUGUGGGAUACUGAUGUGUUUUUUUCUCGAGUCUGGGCAAUAGAAGGAAAUGGAGGGUAGGAAUGG